AGUGGGAGCAGUUAUGCUAAGUGCAUAUCAACCUCUUAUUAUAAAGCAUCCUGAUUAGCUUGUGGCAUGCUCAACAUACAGCCAAUUGAUGAUGAGAAACAGGUAAUUUACUGAGUGUUUGGAAAAUCAAGGAAAGCCAUUUUGUAUCCUGUGGCACAGAUUUCUGAUGCAGCAAAGUUGACCAUGACAGGUAUGCCUGAGAACAGCUGACUAACAUAGUCCAUAUCUUUUGCAGGGUUUAGCUCUCAGUAACCAAUAUCAGUAUUACUCAAAAUUUUAAAAGAUAAAAGAGUCAUGAAAUUUUGGUUUACUAACUGUUUUAAAAGUUAAAAGAGUCAGUUUCUCUGUGAAAAUCAGAUCAAAAGCAGAAUCAGCAUAGAAAUGGCACGAAAUGUAUGAUCUGUGGUUAGGAUAGAGGUACCUAAUCGCAUGACAUGAGUGGCUUUCAUAUAUAUAGAUGUCUGCUUGGCAAGACAAUUUCCUUGUCAGAGGAAAGCAUUCUAAGGGUGAUUAAGUAGAGCUUAAAUAUGAAGCUUUUUGACUCCAAGGCUCUGCCAUUUCUGGUUUUUGUGUUUGUCCUAACAGGUUUGCUGGAGCACAGUGAGGGCUCUGCUUGUAGCAGCACCUUCUUCUCAGCGCUCGUGCAGCUAAUACCCUGCAGAGCAGCAGUUGCCCCCUUUAGCCCUAUUCCACCAAAUGAGGCCUGCUGCAAUGCCAUCAAAGCUCUGGGGCAACCUUGUCUGUGUGUACUUGUAAAUGGCCCUCCCAUAUCUGGUGUUGAUCGGAACAUGGCCCUGCAGCUCCCUGAGAAAUGCACUGCCAACUUUGAACCAUGUGAUGUAAUGAAGUAGAUGCAUGUGUGAUUUUUAUGAAUAAGUUUGUGGAGAGCUCGUUAGUGCCUUUCCCAAUUAGUACUAUUGGUAGAUUGCCCAAAAUAAAGGAUAGAUGAAAAGUAGUAUAUGUAAGCUUGUGGGCUUGUGUUGUCAAACUUCUUCUUUUUCUUCUUCUUCUUGUUUCUGUUUGGUUGCAGAUUAGAGUUUGUUUCGUUUGGUUAGAGUCCAUUGGCUCUAUUUUCUUUUAUAAUAUGAAUGUGUCUUCUUGCUC